AUGGCGAGUUGGGGAUCUCCUAUGGUGGUCUACUCAGGCUACUACGUCCCCGCCGGAUCCAUCUACGCCAUUACCUCUGGCUACUCGAUAAGAAGACUAGGCAUGAUGCAGCCUUCUGAUGGGAAGGGCAUCCAUGGCUACGCCAGUGAGAAGCGUAAUAGCACGCAAAAGGACGGCAGUGGCAUGUGGGCUUUCUGCGGUUUCGGGCCGCAUCCUGCAAAGGAAUGCGCUUAUCUGUGCGACGACGUCCCUCCUUCCUGGGAGCCAUCUGGCAAUCUGUGGGCUUGUUGCAAAGCUAUACAAAAGGCCCAGAGAGAGAAGGUCAAAACAACAUGGUUGUCGCGGCAACAAGCUGAACCGUCGCGGUCCCCAUCAGUACACAACUCAGAACCCCCACAAGAUGCGCGAUCGACGGACUCGGAGGCUGAAUCGUCUUGCACACACAAACCUCCAGAUCAGUGCCCCACGCGACGGACACCUCAAGAACAACCGCAACAGACAACAUCCGUCAUUUGUUCGGUUCCUUUAACACAACCUUACUCGACGACUGCAAUUACAUUGACAGUCUCGUCGACAAGAUCUCCCAAAUCACACGGAGGGAUGACGAGCUGA